AUGGAGGAGAAGGAGGAGGGCGGGAAAGAAAGUGACAGAAAAAGAAUUCCGUGCCCUCUUGAUCCGAAACACACUGUAUACGAAGACCAACUACAAAAGCAUUUAAAAAAAUGUAAUUCAAGAGAGAAGCCAAAGCCGGUCUACUUUGUUCAAGAUAUUAAUGCAGGUUUAAAAGAUGUAGCAGAAAUACCAGAAAUACAAGUACCUAUCUCUUGUCUAUCUAAAGAAGAGCUGGAAGACUUAAUUACCAAGUUGAAAAAUGCAAGCAAUGGCUUGGAACUUCAGCUUAAAGAACAAAUAAUGUCCCAUCAGGCUUUACAAGAAGCCCUAAAUGACCCAAAGAAUGGAGAAUCUGCUUUCAAACACUUGAAACAACAGGCUUCUAUUUUAGGUAACAUGGAAAAAUUACAUUUGCUUGGUCCAGGAAGAUGUUUUGUUGAAUUUGGAGCUGGGCGAGGAAAGCUGUCUCACUGGGUUGACAUUGCCUUGCAAAAUGCUGAAAAUGUUCAGUUUUUGCUUGUGGAAAGAGCAACCACAAGAUUCAAGGUGGAUGGAAAACAUAAAAGGAGAGAUUCCAUAUUUGAAAGGCUUCAAGUUGAUAUUCAACACUUAUGUUUAAAUAAAGUACCCAUUUUAGAGGAAAAAAAACUACCCCUGGUAGGAAUUGGGAAGCAUUUGUGUGGUGCUGCCACAGAUCUUGCUUUGAGAUGUUUGGUUGAAAGUUACACAACUUGCUGUGAUGGAGAAAAUGAAGAGCCUGUCCUGAAACGCUCUAAGAGUGAUAUGACAGAGGUGGCUUCUAACAGUUUUAUUGGUAGUGAAAGGAACAAAGACGAUACAUUAGAAAACUCUAAGCCUGUAGCCGGAAUCGUUAUCGCACUGUGUUGCCAUCACAGGUGUGACUGGACACAUUAUGUAGGCAGAGAGUUCUUUAAAUCAAUAGGACUUGGUCCAGUGGAAUUUCAUUAUUAUCAGAGAAUGAGUAGCUGGGCCACCUGUGGCAUGCGAGAAAGCAUAACCAAAGCCUCUAUGAAUGACGAAGAGAGUGAAGAUCAAACUGGCAACAAAGAAGAACAUGACCAAACAGACAGUAGAACAGAGAGUGGUUCUGACACUCUGCAAGGGCUACUUCCCGCUGAAGAGCGAAAGGAGAUAGGUUGCCUCUGUAAACUGUUGAUUGACCAUGGACGGAUUGAAUAUUUGCAACAAAGAGGAUAUAAGGCUGCACUACAGUAUUAUACAGAGUCUGCUGUAUCCUUGGAGAAUGUACUGUUGACUGCUGUUCCAAGGUAGUCUUGGAUACCAGAGCCAACUAC